UUUGCGGCGUUCGCAAAAUUUAAUGAAAUGCUGUUGUUUUACCAUAAAGUAUUAAUUAAAAUAGCUCUCAAAACACGCGGCGUACCAUUAAAUUAAUGAAUAUUCGGUCUAAAAUGUGGAAUAUACAUUAUUCGAACGCUUUAUGGGCGUAAAGUUUUGAAAAUAGUGUCCUUGGUUCAAAUCGUUUUGCUGUUUACAAAUGUGAACAUCUGACACAAUGAUAUCAAACACGCUUCGGAUAGAUAAUUCGUCGCACUGUACCACGCCCUCAGAUCGAAACGGUCCCCAACUGGUGCCCGUCAAAGUUGGUUGUAUGCACAUUAACUUAGCUACCGAGCGCGGUCGAAAGAUAUUUCUCCUGCAAAUGCUGGUCCUUUGUUUCGUGCCACACGCGGCGCUCGUUCUACAGAAUUGUACAAUUAUGGCCCAUCUUUCGCACACGGUGGACGCUUCACUUUUCUUGGAUCAUAAGGUGGCUGCGAUUCUGUCGAGUUGUGAAGCCGUGUUAUCAAUACAGGAUGAACGUAUUGCAGUAUACAAAUACGUCAUGAAGGUAGCGAGCGAAGCGAACGCGGAGCGGGUACCGUUCGAGCGGGUUUUCUCAAUAUCAGACUCAAGAUUACAAGAGUUACAGUUUAGUAUACCGGAGCGAUUGAAGUUGAUUCUAUAUAACUUUCGACGAGAUGUUUUGGAUAUGGUGAAGUCGGAAAAGCCGGAGCAACUAAGCCAAGCGUCAGUGUACGAUCAAAUCAAUUCAGUUCUUCUGCUGCAUAUAAUGGGGAGUGUUAAAGCUACUUCUUCUAAUAUAUGGAGACAGUUAACAGCCUGUUACGAGAUACUGAAGACAAGAGAGGAACUGUCAAUGGCGUUCCUUCAACCAAUAGUGGUAGAUGCUCAAACAAAAAACUUUGUGACACAGUUACAUUUGAAAUUAUCUAUGGAAUAUUUAGAGUCUACGAAACAGUACCUUAAGUUAGAGAAUUUGGAUGUUGAUGUGUUAGAAGAUGUGUUGUUAAGUUAUAAAUCGCAAGAGGGAUUUAAGUUUAACGAAGAGGGCACAGAGCAGUAUCACCUAGAGACGGCAUUGAACCACUUGGAUCGUCUCCGGACUGUUCAGUUGGAUCUGUGGAGUUAUGUACGGUCAUCAGUGAACCGCGAAGUGUGGUCAGCAAGGCAGACUCUGGUGUUUGGGAUCGUUAUUCUUAUAUUAGUUCUUCUUGUUUCACCGUUGUUAAUAUUGUUGUUGAGAUAUACUAUAAAUACUAUACAGAAAUUCACAGAAUCAAUAGAAAUAAGUACCCAAAAGCUAGUAGCAGAAAAGCAGAAGAGCGACUUGCUCCUCUCCCGCAUGCUCCCCCUCCCCGUGCUGCGCCGGCUCCGCGCGCAGCGCACCGUGCCCGCGGAGGCGUUCGACGCUGUCACUAUAUACUUUAGUGAUAUUGUGGGAUUUACCAACAUAGCCGCGAACAGCACGCCCAUGGAAGUCAUCAAUAUGCUCAACAUGCUGUACAAAAUGUUUGAUGACAAAAUAAUGCAGUAUAAUGUAUAUAAAGUGGAGACAAUAGGAGAUGCAUAUAUGGUUGUGUCAGGGCUUCCACAGCGAAACGGCAACCUGCACGCGUCCGAAAUAGCGGACAUGUCGCUGUCGCUCAUGCGCAGUCUGGAGGGCGCGCGCGUGCCGCACCGGCCCGACGAGUUCCUGCGCAUACGGGCCGGCGUCAACACGGGCCCGUGUGUCGCCGGCGUGGUGGGCACCACCAUGCCGCGCUACUGUCUGUUCGGCGACGCCAUCAACACGGCCAGCCGCAUGGAGAGCACGGGGGAGGCUAUGAAAAUACACAUUUCACCAACGACCAAAGAAGCAUUAGAUGCGAUAGGAAAUUAUAUUGUAGAGUCGCGAGGUCUUGUUGAUAUUCAGGGUAAAGGGAUUAUGGAGACGUUCUGGCUCGUGGGACGGACAGAUGAAAAGAUUGAGAGCCCCAGAUGUGUGCGUUUGCAGGAUUAUGAUCAGAAUGUUCUAGAACUAUUAAUUAGGUCAUAG